AUGAGCGAUGUGAACUGGAGUUCUGACUCUUCCUCCUGCCCCUCCUCCUCUCCUUCCCCCCAUUCCUUCUCCUCUCACUCCCCUUCUUCCUUCUCAUCCUCUUCCUCCUCCACCUUCCCUUUCAAAGACGGAGUCAUGCUGUACAUGGUCUACUUAAGCAAGGAGAAUCUACAGAGGUUCAAGCAGCUUUUAGUGGAAGAGAGCCCCAGACCUGGCUCUCUCCAGAUCAGCUGGGACCAGCUGAAGACAGCCCGGUGUGGGGAGGUGGUUCACCUCCUAAUCGAGUACUUCCCUGGACGCCUAGCUUGGGAGGUGACUCACGACAUCUUCGCCAAGAUGAACCAGGCAGAACUGUGUCUUCGGGUACAGAUGGAGCUGAAAGACAUUUUACCUAACUUGGAACCAGAGGCCUUGAACCCAAGAGAAACACAAAUGAACUUGGAGGAAGAUGAGUCUGAUAAAUUACGGGAGUACAGACUACACUUGAUGAAUGAAUAUUCGACCCUAUGGAACAGGACCGCUUGGCCUGGGAACUACACGGACUUCUUUUACCAAGACCUACACAGAGAAGAGACAUUCUUACCCUGUCUACUUCUUCCCAGAAAACCUCAAGGAAGACAGCCCAAGACUGUGGUUCUUCAGGGGGUCGCCGGGGUUGGAAAAACAAGUCUGGCCAAAAAAGUGAUGUUAGAAUGGGCAGAAAACAAGUUCUACGCCCACAAGCUCUGGAACGUUUUCUACUUCCAUUGCCAGGAGAUGGGCCAGUUGGACGAGCAGAGCUUCGCUGAGCUCAUUGCACGCAAGUUGUCCGGGUCUCGGGCUCUGGCGUCCAAGAUCAUAUCCAAAGCAGACCAGCUUCUGCUCCUCUUUGAUGGCUUCGAGGAACUAACCUCAACCCUCAUAGAUAGACCAGAGGACCUGAGUGAGGACUGGAGCCAGAAGGUGCCCUGGUCUGUCCUCCUGACCAGUUUGCUGAGCAAAAGAAUGCUUCCCGGGGCCACGCUAAUCAUCUUCCUGAGGUUCACCUCUUGGAAGAACUUGAAUCCCUUUCUGAAAUGCCCAUCUCUGAUAACCCUUACAGGGUUUAGUGUGCCUGAGAGAUCCAGGUAUUUCAGGACGUACUUCAGAAACAAGAGCGAAGCUGAUGAAGCCUUGAGUUUUGUCAUGGGAAACACGAUUCUCUUCUCCAUGUGCCAGGUGCCUGUCAUCUGCUGGAUGGUAUGUUCUUGUCUGAAACAGCAGAUGGAGAGAGGAGCAAAUCUCCUGCACACAUUUCCAAACGCCACAGCUGUAUUCGUCCACUAUCUUUCCAGCUUGUUUCCAACCAGGGUUAGAAAUCUUUUCAAUAAGACUCACCAAGAACAAUUGAAAGGUCUGUGCUCCUUGGCCGCAGAGGGCAUGUGGGAAAGGAAAUGGGUGUUUAAUAAGAGAGAUCUCAGCCUGGCCAGACUGGAUGAAACGGACAUCGAGACUUUUCUCAGCGUGAAUAUUUUUCGAAGGGUGGUGGGCAACAAAGACCUUUACGCCUUUGUCCACUUGAGCUUUCAGGAAUUUUUUGCCACCUUGUUGUAUGUUCUCUGCUUCCCACGAAGACUCAGAAAUUUCCAUGUGUUGGACCGGUUCCAUGUCCUACGCCUGAUAGCACAUCCCGGAAGAAAGAGAAACCAUCUCGCUCAGAUGGCGCUUUUUUUAUUUGGCCUUUUAAACGACACAUGCGCUCUAGCCGUGGAGCAGGUGUUCAGAGGCAAGGUGUCCUUGGGCAACAAGAAGAAAUUGCUGAAAGUCGCAGCCCAGCGCCAUGAAUGUGACCCACCAACCCUGCACCACGGGGUCCCACAGCUAUUCAACUGUCUGCAUGAAAUCCGGGAGGAGGUAUUUGUGAGUCAGAUCCUAAACAACUGUCGUAAAGCUACUUUGGUCAUCAGCAGAAGCAAAGACGUGCAAGUGUCUGCCUUUUGCCUUAAGUUCUGUGGACGUUUGCAGGAGUUAGAGCUGACUGUCACCCUGAUCAUCACCAAAGCGAGCAGCCUCUACCCGGAUCCCCUUCCUGCCUCUGGACCAGAGGGCAGUGAUAGGUGUUAUCUCUGGUGGCAAGACUUCUGCUCUGUGUUUAGGACACAUGAGAGUUUGGAAGUCCUGGCUGUGACAAACAGUACUAUGGACCCUGAUUCAGUGAAGGUCCUUUCUACGGCACUGAAACAUCCACACUGUAAACUCCAAAACCUGAUCUUUAGGCAUGUGAGCCCCCUCGUGUUGAAUGAAGCCUUAAUCAGCAUUCUGGUGGAAAACCAGUACCUAAGAUACUUGGAAAUACAAGACACUGAAGUGAGAUGCCAGGUCAUGGAGUUUCUGUGCAACGCCUUGAGACAUCCCCAGUGUUUUCUACAGUGUCUGAGGUGA